AAGAGGCCGGGAGCUGCCCAGCACGCCGGUGGCUUCCGCGGUCCCCGCCUGGGUGAGCGGCGGCUGCUCGGUGACCUGGCUGGCCGUCCCCGCAAGCUGCCCGCAGUCCAGGCCCCCUGCACACCAUGAAUGCCAGCAGCUCGGGCUAUCCGCUCGCCUCGCUCUACGUGGGCGAUCUGCACCCUGAUGUGACCGAGGCCUUGCUGUAUGAGAAGUUCUCGCCCGUGGGCCCUAUUCUGUCCAUCCGCGUGUGCCGCGACGUGGCCACCCGGCGCUCGCUGGGCUAUGCCUACAUCAACUUCCAGCAGCCAGCCGACGCGGAGCGGGCACUGGACACAAUGAACUUUGAGAUGAUCAAAGGCCAGCCCAUCCGCAUCAUGUGGUCCCAGCGAGACCCAGGACUUCGCAAGUCAGGGGUGGGCAACAUCUUCAUCAAGAACCUAGAGGCCUCCAUUGACAACAAGGCUUUAUAUGACACCUUCUCCACCUUUGGGAACAUCCUCUCUUGCAAGGUGGCAUGUGACGAGCAUGGCUCCCGGGGCUUCGGCUUUGUCCAUUUUGAGACCCAUGAAGCCGCACAGCACGCCAUCAACACCAUGAAUGGGAUGCUGCUGAAUGACCACAAAGUUUUUGUUGGCCACUUCAAGUCCCGACGGGAGCGGGAGGCAGAGCUGGGAGCACGGGCCAUGGAGUUCACCAACAUCUACGUGAAGAACCUCCAGGCAGAUGUGGAUGAGCAAGGCCUCCAGGAGCUCUUCUCCCAGUUCGGAAAGAUGCUGAGUGUGAAGGUGAUGAGGGACAGCAGUGGCCACUCCCGGGGCUUUGGCUUUGUCAACUUCGAGACCCAUGAGGAAGCCCAGAAGGCUGUGGUCCACAUGAAUGGGAAGGAGGUGAGUGGGCGGCUGCUCUAUGUGGGCAGGGCCCAGAAGCGGGUGGAGCGGCAGAACGAGCUGAAGCGAAGGUUCGAGCAGAUGAAGCAGGACCGGCUGAACCGUUACCAGGGCGUGAACCUGUAUGUGAAGAACCUGGAUGACUCCAUUGAUGAUGAGAAACUGAGGAAAGAGUUCUCUCCCUAUGGAAUGAUUACCAGUGCAAAGGUGAUGACAGAGGGUGGCCACAGCAAGGGAUUUGGCUUUGUGUGUUUUUCCUCUCCAGAAGAGGCGACAAAGGCUGUGACAGAGAUGAACGGGCGUAUCGUGGGCACCAAGCCACUGUACGUGGCGCUGGCCCAGCGCAAGGAGGAGCGGAAGGCCAUCUUGACCAACCAGUACAUGCAGCGCCUGUCUACCAUGCGGGCCCUGGGCAGCCCCUUCUUGGGAUCCUUCCAGCAGCCCACCAGCUACUUCCUCCCUGCUGUGCCCCAGCCUCCAGGCCAGGCUGCGUACUAUGGCUCCAGCUCCAUGCCACCCUCCCAGCCUGCCCCCAGGUGGACAGCCCAGCUACCUAGAUCUUCAUCUGCCUAUCCUCCAGCUGCCUCCAUGGUCCGGCCACCAGGCAUGUCUCGGCGCCCCCCGGCCCACAUCAGCAGCAUGAGGCAAGCCUCCACCCAGGUGCCACGACUGCCCCACACCCAGAGAGUGGCCAACAUUGGUACCCAGACCACAGGAUCCAGUGGGGCAGGAUGCUGUAUGCCAGGUCGGCCCCUCCUGCCAUAUAAAGCAACACACAACACCCAUCGGAUCCAGGAGCCUGCGGUGCACGUCCCCGGACAGGAGCCCCUGACUGUGUCCAUGUUGGCUGCAGCACCCCUGCAUGAGCAAAAGCAGAUGAUUGGGGAACGCCUCUACCCCCUUAUCCAUGAGGUCCAGAGCCAGCUGGCUGGCAAGAUCACGGGCAUGCUGCUGGAGAUUGACAACUCGGAGCUGUUGCUCAUGCUGGAGUCUCCGGAGUCCCUGCAUGCCAAGGUAGAAGAGGCAGUGGCUGUGCUGCAGGAGCAUCAGGCCAUGGAACAGCCAAAGGUGUCCAUGCACUGAAACCAGAGAUGGGGUCUUGCUCUUGCUCAGGCUCAUCCUGAACUCCUGGCCUGAAGUGAUCCCUCUUACCUCAGCAUCCCAAAUGUGAGCCACUGUGCCAGCCUAGACCCAAGAUUUCUGAAAUAGAGAGUGGUAUGUAUAUGUUGAUAGGGAAGGAGAAACAGACAUUUUACAAUAAAUGUUUUAUAAUCAAUGUCUGGAUCAGAUACAGUCUUUUGCUGAAUGGUCUCAUGUUUCUGAGAGUAAAAUUUACAGGAAGAUCUUCUUGGAGCCAGUUUCCAAUUGUGGUGUCACAAUCAGUUGGGUAAGGUCAGGCAAAGUCCCUACUUCUCUGAGCCCUGAUUUUCUCAACUCUGUAAGACUACCUACCACCUAUAUUUCUGAAUAUUGGUGCCGAGCAGUGAUUGUCACAAAGUAAGGCAUGGUCCCCAGGCUCUCCCUGUCAUUGGUCACUGACAGCAGCUCUUAAUGUAAGGCUUUCUACAGGUCCACAAGUCUAACCCCUCAGGCUAGACUAUAUCACUCCUUCCUGCUCCCAGGUCAGACCAUAGGUCAGGCAUCCUCAAACUGCGGCCCGCAGGCCACAUGAAGCAGUAUGAAUUGCAUUUGUUCCCAUUUCGUUUUUUACUUCAAAAUAAGAUAUGUGCAGUGUGCAUAUGAGUUUGUUCAUAGUUUGUUUUUUUUUAACUAUAGUCAGGCCCUCCAACAGUCUGAGGGACAGUGAAUUGGCCCCCUGUUUAAAAAGUUUGAGGAUGCCUGCCAUAGGUAUUCCGUACCAUGGCUUUUGGGCCAAUGUACUUAGAAAUGGGACCAAAACUUCUAACAGGAGGGUCCCAAAGAAACCACAGGGUGGGGAGCAGGGUAGGGGUAAAGAGACCAAUAGACUUGUGUUUGCAUAGUAAGCACAUUGCUCUUACUUAUAUGGUACACUUAGGAAAUUCUGGGGAGAGGGGCUAACAAAGCCCAGGCGACCCUUAGGCUGCCUCAGUUCUAUACUUCAAGAAAGUGAAUGCCACUGGCCACACCUAGUUCACACUGUGCAUGCUGUGAGCUGUAAUACAAUGACUAAAUGCUAGCAAUCAAGAGCCCACAGUCUGAGAGAAGACUAUGGAAUACAACCUCCAAAGUCCUGAAAUCCCCUAAGCCAGCUGCUGUG